UCGUCUCAGAGUGGAACCGUCUCACGAACUACUAUAACAUCUACCAGACGAACAAUUAGCAGAACAAGAACAACUAUAGUAAGAACAAGGCAAAGACUCCCUUCAGGUAUUUCAUCCGACACUCGACGCUGCCGACGACCACCGACUCUUACCGGUCUCAUCCAGUUCAUAACGAUUGAUCAGAAUGCCAAUUUCACGGAGAGCAGCAAGACAUUCCCGGCUAGAACGGUCAUCACACAUGCGUGCCAAGACCCCGGAAGGACACGACUGGUGGGGUCAACGACACGAACUUGUAUCAUGGGCGUAUGGACAGCGCCAGCACCAACAUGUCAAACUACGCAGGUCCAGUUAGUGGUGGCGACGACACCACGUCUCCCGCAGUCAUCGACCAGUGACGGUUCUUACGCCAUCUAUCUUACCUCUUACGUCACUAGUGUUGAUAUCUCUUGUAUCAUCAACCAAGGUGGAAGGCCCGAGUUGGUGGCCAAUCAAAUCUCAGAGACAUCACCUCGUCAUGUGAUUCUGAACGAAGUGGACGGAAGCCGACAGAUGACAAAAAUUAGGAUCACAUCUCCAGUCCCGUCCGAUGGCGGGACAUUCACCUGCGUUGAUUUGAGCAGGGCAAAUGAAAUGCAUUCUAUUGAUGUGGUCUUUGAUGAUCAAAGAUACGCGCUCCAGGAUCCUUGCCCAUCAGAUAUAACUGUACCUACCGACUUCAACUCUACCCAUACGACGGUAUCAUGGGAAAAGCCAUCACUGGUCAAUAACCAACGCGAUAUUCAUUUGCUUUCAUACUACGAACCCGGCAAUCGGUUCAACCUCGGGAAAACAGAUGUCGUGUACAACGCUUCAGAUCUGCUUGGAAUGGCCGAAGUUUGCGUAUUCACGAUAACUGUCGAAGAUGUGGAGCCUCCUACCAUUCAAGGAUGCCCUGACGACAUGUUCGUUCCGACUGACCCUGGUCGAGCCAUGGCCCAGGUGUCCUGGGUGGAUCCUAUUGCAAUCGACAACUCUGGUCAAGUUGAUCUAGCAACCAAAGCUAUUCCUGGUACCUACUAUGGCAUCGGGUCAUUCACGAUUGCAUACACAGCAACUGAUUCAGCGGGCAAUGAGGCAACAUGCUCGUUCAGUAUAAUGAUUGAAGACAGGGAACCACCUCAAGUGACAUGCCCUGAUGACAUUGUUGUGGAUACUAUACCCGGUGCUUCGCAUUCCCGUGCGACCUGGUCGAGUCCUACUGUAACAGACAACUCAGGUCGUACUAUCAUCAUGAAAGAUCCUGGUACAGAUGGCGUGUUCAUCUAUGGCAUCUCCAAUCGCACCUAUUCUGUGCGGGAUGGCACGGGUAACAUCGGGAAUUGCACCUUUACAAUUCAGGUCAGAGAUUCGGAACCGCCACGCUUCAUGAACUGCCCACGCAGCAUUCGUCGUUACAUCGAAACCUCUCGGGAAAAUACGACCUUUGUCCAGUGGGAUGAACCAAUAGCUGAUGAUAACGUUGGAAUCUCAUGGCCAUGGCACAGGUCACACAAACCUGGAACAAGAUUUGCUGUUGGUGACCACCAUGUCUCGUACGUAGUCAAUGACCUCGCAGGAAAUAACGUCAGUUGUGACUUUGUGGUUUCUGUCAUUGAAGCGAGAUGUCCAUCCGAAAGGACCACGAUAGGAGGAGAGAAUUUCACGUGGUCAUCAGCGAUGACCAGUACUCAGGCUGAAUCCGCCGAACGAUGUCCUGUUAAUACUGCUUACGGUGGGCACCCGGUGGCUGUCCGAUACUGUCAGUUUGACUACACUGAUGUGGGAAUUUGGCAAAGGGUGAAGAUCCGAACAUGUGGCAGAGACAUCACCCCGCUUGAUUUCAGGGAUCUCAGUAUGGUCCCUGUUUCGAAGUACAACGUGAAAGAGGUAGCGAAAUAUGUAGAAGCUGUCGUUGUAAAUCAAACUGAAUUUGAACGAGAGGACAUUAUGUUCUUAUCUGACACACUGCAGAACAUGGCCGAUGUGGAAUCCCCUUCCAAAACAGUUUCCAAUGCAUUCGUUGAGAUAGUUGGCCGAGUGGCUGAGUCUGACAUACCGACAGCUACAAGGGAAGAGGUCGGGCAUGAACUCGGCACUAUUCUUCAAGCUCUCGACAGGCAGAUUAUGGAGAGCGCCCACUGCGACAAGACACUAAACAUCGCCACCGCUUUCAUCGCGGUCCGAACCGCGUCGUUUCGUCCUGAUGAUGUCACAAUGGGACUGACGUUUGCGCCUGUGACAUCUGAUAAAGACAAUAAUGGCGGGGAAGGGGAGGAAGAAGAAAUAUUUCUCAGGACCAUUAUCAAGAAUGAUACAGGUCCAAUGCAGAAACACCUGCAGAUGGAAGCAUCUAUUCAACUGCCUUCUGAAGUCUUUGAAGUUGCCUUCAACGGGAGUGCCAUCCCAGUUAGCUUUGUUGUUUACAAAGACGACACCCUCUUCCCAUCCGAGCGCCUUCGUCGUCGACAAGAGAACUAUACACAGAGCUUCUCCCAUGGAACGACUUGGCCCCCUGAUGGUGAUGAUGGAAACGUACCCCCACAGACCCCUCGAAUAACCAAGGUGCUGGGACCAGUAUUGUCAGCAUCGGUCGCAGGCGGUAUGACAAUUGUCAAUCUGAAUGAUCCGGUUGUUAUUGAAUUCGGAGCUGAGGAGGGUUUAAAUUAUUCCAACAUUGAAUGUGUGUUUUGGGAUUUCACGUUGGAGCAAGGGAGAGGAGACUGGUCGGACAAGGGAUGCCAAUUUGCAGGGCGUCGCAAUGAUGGAAAUAUUAUCUGCUACUGCAACCAUUUGACAAAUUUUGCUGUGUUAGUGGAUAUUCAUGGUCAAUUAGACAUCAACCAGAAGGAGAAGUUUGCAUUGGAUCUUAUUACGAGAAUCGGCUGCUUCUUGUCCAUUGCUGGUCUAUCUUUUACCAUCCUGACGUUUCUUUUAUUCAAAUCCCUCCGUACGAAUCGGUCUCGUCAAAUCCUUAUCCACCUCUGUUUCGCGCUCCUCGUCCUUUACGUGGUGUUCAUCUGUGGAAUUGUAGCGACUCGCAUCCGGUACGCUUGCUUGGUGGUGGCUGCCUUGCUACAUUACCUCGUAUUGGUAACUGUCAUGUGGAUGGGAGUAGAAGCGCGUCACAUGUACGUCAUGCUGGUCAAAGUCUUCAAGAGUGAGAGAUCAAGGUUCGUCAUCAAGGCCGCCCUCAUCGCUUGGGGUAUUCCGGUUAUCCCUGUUACAAUUGCAGUGGGAUUGUCUAUGGAUAGCUAUAAAAAUACAGCAUAUUGUUUUCUGAUGCCAAGUCACGUGAUGUACUACGGGCUGCUUUUACCAAUAGGUGUGAUCUUACUGCACAACAUCAUCACAUUCAGUCUAGCCAUUAGAAACUUGCUUUGCUCUGAUAUGAGUGGGAACUCCGUCAAUAAAACCAAACGAGAGCAGGUAAUAUCAAGGCUUCAGAACGCUGUCUGCAUGUCCGUCUUGCUAGGAUUGACAUGGUCAUUUGGCUUCUUAGCCGUUGGUGAUGCUUCCUUCGCCUUCCGGCUACUCUUCUGUAUCUUCAACAGCUUCCAAGGGUUCAUCAUCUUCGCUUUGUUCUGCAUCCGGUCCAAAGAGGUCCGCAGCGCCUGGAGUUCUCUCUCCAUCAUCGAGUGCAACAUCCGCAGUCAGUCUUACCGCGUCAAGGAGAAAAGCUACCAUGCAAACUCGGAGUCUGCGUGGAACGGCCCUUGCGUUAUCGACUGGGGUGAUGCUCCUGGGUUGGACGCAUAUCUUCAUGCUAACAAACAGAGGUUUCGUGACAGCGCCAAUAGCGACGAGUCAAGGAUCGCUACCUACAGCGUUAGCGCAAGCGCUCUGAAUACGAACAAGAUUAACAAUGGCUGGUGACAGGUCCAAGCAGGAAGCUCAGAAGAAAGUGAUGUAAAUAUAUUUAUUCCAAGGGAAAGAGAUUCUUGAAAAAGAAAUGAUACAGCCAUGAGCAGCUUCCGUGAUAAAUGCAAUCCGGGCUAUUAGAUUUUUUAAAAAAAAUACAGACGUGUCUCGGGUAAUACUAGCCAAAUUAGACAUAAUAUGAAAAUCCUGUAUACAACAAGCAUUAUGAAAUGAAUUCAUCACAUUACUAUGCUGAUUAGGAAUAUUAUAAUAAGAGUUAUUUCACCAUUCUAUGUUGAUUCUGAUUUCCAGGGAAGAAUUUCUUAUAUGUAUAUAAAUCAAUUUAAAAGUAAGCCAUGCCGUAUAUAGGCUCUUCCCAUGGAUCUUGCAAUAUCCGUAAUACUAAUAGUAAUGGUGUAGGUCUAAAAACUUUGGUGUGUUUACUUUUUUUUGUAUCUUGUAUGGUAUGAAACUGUGUGAUCUGCAAUCAGAUUGAACUUUUAAAAAAAGAAAAGAUAAAAAUAUGAAUUGAUAAAAACUCGCUCUUAAAAUAAAUCUCAAAAUAUAAGGUUAUGUUGAGAGAGUAUCUUUCUGAAGUUGAAUUCAUUAAUGAUUAUCAUCACACAAUGAUGUCUCAUGAAUCCAAAAUAGCCAACUUCCAAAAUAACAGCCAUUACACUGCAAAAACUCCGGUGUUGAUUUAACAGCAGCCCGGAAUAUACAGUGCGUAUCAAUAAAAAGUCCUGGGAAUUUAAAAAUAUACAUCAUGGGGAUAAUUUUUUCACGUAUAUUUCUAGUUUGGGUCUCAUCUAUCAAAUGAAGGUAAAAAGUUUUACAUUAUUUUACACUUAAGUGAGCACAGUCCAAUUUUGUAAAGCUCACAGAAAUCGGUUUGCGCAGAUAUGCUAAUUUUCACGCUGUGUCAAGGGAAAAAAGGCGAAAACAAACUGACCGUGCGGAACAUUUCUCAUACAUUUCUUUUGCAUUUUUAAUUCGAAAUAAAUCAGAUUCACUUAAACAUUUUGUAACAACUUUGCCACCCAAAUUAACAUUUUAACCCUAGGUAAACACAACCUUUUCCUUUUUGUGGCAGGUGGAUCUGAGGACAUAAGUGAGUGUAAACAAUAGGUUAUUCUUUCACUAAGUUCUUAUCACUUAAAGUGGGUUUACAUUUCAUAUUUUAUUUAAUACUUGUUUCUCCACACUUUUCCCAAGCUUGACAAUGAUUAACAAAACGAAAAUCAAGCCUAAGCCAUUUCAUGUGAAUCACAGCUCCGUGUAAAGCUGAUAUCAUCACGAUGGCCUCGGUGUGUGGGGAUUAAGGGUUGCAAUGGUGCUUUAUGUAAUGUUUUGGGGCAAGGAAACAAGUUAAAAAUGUUAAAUAUAUCUUCAAAUCAAUCUCCCGAGCAUAAGUACAUAUGUUCUUUAUGAUCAAGGUCUACUUUUAUUCAUAUAACUAUUCCCAAGUUCUGCGCAAAUCAUUUUUCACGAACUUUUUAAAAGUAAGCGGUGCUCACCCAAGCGGAAAGGUUAGAUCUGUACCAAUGUUUAAAUGUGGAAAAAACUUCUGGAUAUUACAAAUAUAUAAUUUUACAGGAUUGUUUCUAAGUGUAAACUUUUUUUAUACGCACUGCAUAAAAUAUGUCCACAACAGAGAAGUGUUAAACAACACCAGUUUGGUUUUGGUCUAACACCAGAUAGGUGUUUAUACAACACCAAUUAGUGUUAAAACAACAUCGGUUUGAUUCCAAACUAGUGUAUCAAAGUAAUUUUAAACUUAUUGAAUCACGUAUCUGAUUUUUCUCUCUCUUUUGUAGUUGUAUUCGAUAUGAAAGAUAGAUUUAACAAUCAUCAAAAGAUUACGAAUAAUAAAAUUUUUACAAAAAUGCAGUAAUAUCAAUGGAUGAUAAAUUUGUCAACUGUAUCCAUAACCCCACCAUCGUAAUUCUGUUUUAGAUUAUAUAUGCGCUUGUUUUUCAUCAAAAUAGUGUAGACAUUUCGAUUAAAUACAAAUUCAAUUUAAAGUAAUAAGCAAGGAGUUUAAACAAAAAUAGUUACAAUAUUAUAUGUACAAAAAUGGUUACAAUACUACAUGUACAUGGAUAGGGGUUAUGGUUCAAACUGUUCUUUGAUUUUAAGUCAACAAAGAGAUUAAAAAAUACUUUUUAAAGGAUCUCAAGAUGCCAGGUAUGAAAUUUUUGAAGCAAUGUCGAAACAAUAUUAUCGGUUGUGUUACACGAAGGAUGACAAAUUUGGGUCUAAGUUUUGAUAACUUCUCUGAAGAGCCCUAAUUCGUUCAAACAAGCCAAUAUAAGCUGAAACAUGUCAUUUCUCUUGAUAUGGAAAUGAUAAUUUGUACUAUAUUGUUAUGAUGUAAAUAAACAUGUAAUGAUAUCUUUAAAAAUGCUUUAAUUGUCUUUUUCUAGAAAGCUCGUUAUCUUUUGGUAAGAAUAAUUCAUGAAGUAAAUAAAUAUUCUCAAUGAUAAAAGAAAACCCUGACAAUUUUACAAUUUUUAAGCGGCAUUUUGACAGACAUUCACAUGCUUUUAAAAAUAGACAGCUAUUGCACAUUGUAUUAGAAUACAUUUGUGAUGCUAUGUGUCAAGCCGCGGGCAUGCAAAUGCGUAAUUUGAAAU